AUGGUUCCAAAGUACAUCUUAGGUUAUGCUGUGGUUAUUGCUUUUACUGUCUUGUUCUUCUUGAUCUGUGGAUACUUCUUGAGCAGUCAUGACAAACCCAAAUAUUGGCAUUGGAUGAACAAAAUUUCAACCACGACAUACCUUUAUGAAGGGCUCUUGAUGAACCAGUACCAGAUAAAUGAUACCUCUGGGAAAGUUGGUGGUAUACCCAUUGCCGAUUUUGAUAUCUUGAAACGUUUUCACAUUGGAGUUGAUGAAUAUAAGAUGACAAAUGUGCUUAUAAUGUUUGGUUGGGCAGUAUCCGAGAGCUCCUUCAAGGAAGAAAACUACACCAUUUGCAGCACAACAAAUGCAAAAGGAUCCUCCUCCCAAGCCAUAUCAUCAUACUCCAGAAACUCGAACGCACCUAAUGCUGCUACUCUUGUGUCUCUUUUUCCAUUUUCUUUGAGUUAUUGGUUGGCUCAUCGCCCUGUUAGUUUCUCUAACUCCCAUGUGGUUCCCAAAAAAGCUCAUAGCAAAGGCACAUUUUCUUCAGUUACUGCUGCAAAAAGAACUCACGACAAUUCAACGUACAAAGAUUCACAAGUGAUCAAGGACCUCACUUCCUGUGAUAUCUUUGAUGGCACUUGGGUACAUGAUGAUGCUGAACCCCUUUAUCAACAUGGGUCAUGUCCAUUUCUUGAUGACACCUUUAACUGCUUCAAGAAUGGACGUUCAGAUUUGGAUUAUGUUAAAUAUCGAUGGAAGCCACGUGGAUGUCACAUUCCAAGGUUUGAUGGGUUGCAAAUGUUGGCCAUGCUAAGAGGUAAAAGGGUGGUGUUUGUAGGAGACUCCUUGAACAGGAACAUGUGGCAGUCUUUGGUGUGUGCGUUGAGGGAAUCUCUCGAAGAUAAGAGCAAACUCUAUGAAGUUUCAGUGCGGCGUCAAUUCAGGUCUCAAGGUUUUUUCUCUUUCAAAUUCAAAGAUUAUGGAUGCUCAAUAGACUUCGUGAAAUCCCCAUAUCUUGUUCAAGAAUGGAAAAAUUCACGCAAGGGUGCAGUUCAAAGAGAAACUCUCAGGCUUGACAUGAUCCAAGCAUCCAAGUCUCAGUAUCAUGAUGCUGAUAUAAUCAUUUUUAACACAGGCCACUGGUGGAAUCACGACAAGACAAGAAACGGCAGAAAUUACUUCCAAGAAGGUAAUCAGGUUUAUGACAGAUUACAAGUUUCUGAAGCACUAAGAAAAGCGCUUAAGACUUGGGCUAAAUGGGUUGAUUCCAACGUGGAUAGCAAGCGUACAAGGGUCUUUUUCACUGGAUUUUCAGCUUCUCAUUACAGAGGGGGACAAUGGAAUUCUGGAGGUAAAUGUGAUGGGGAGAGAGAACCCAUUACAAAUGAGAGUUAUCUAGGAGCAUAUCCAUGGACAAUGAGGAUGGUUGAAAGUGUGAUAGCAGAGAUGAAGACACCAGUGUUUUACCUCAACAUUACCAAAAUGACUGAUUAUAGAAAAGAUGGACAUCCUUCAGUAUACAGAGAAGCUGGUUACAAUAAAGGCUUGAGGAUGGUCCUGCCCCCUCAAGACUGCAGCCACUGGUGCCUUCCUGGAAUUCCAGACUCCUGGAAUCAGCUCCUCUAUGCCACUCUACUUAUAGCACACCAAAAUUUUCUCAUUACUCAGAUUUAG